AUGCGGCUGAGCAUGGACCGGCCGCAGGUGGCGGCGUUCGCGUCGCUGCUCCAGCGGCAGCAGGCGCAGGUCGCAUCUGAGGCGGGCGUACUCGACGCGGAUCUGAUCUACAGCUACAAGCACACAUCCAACGGCUUCGCGGCGCGGCUCACACCGCUCCAGCAGUUGAGCGGCAAGCCCUCACUGAAAAACGACUGGCUCUCGCCACGCGACGGGGACGGUCACGGCACGUGGUGCGCGGGCGCGGCGGCGGGGAACCCUGUGAGCAUGCAGGGCGGCGGGCAGAUGAGCGGCAUGGCGCCUGCAGCGCGCCUCGCGGUGUAUAAAAUCUUCUGGACGGACAGCGAGGGGGGCCAUUACGGCACGGAGACAGACAUCGCCGCAGCCGUUAAUCAGGCCGUGGCGGACGGCGUGGAUGAGCUCUCCCUCUCGCUGGGGGCUGCGGAUCCCAACGACAACUAUUUCAACGACCUCACAUACCUGAGAGCCAAUGCUGCGGGCGUGUUUGUGGCCUUUGUGUGA